AAUACAAUAUCUUCAAUGGGAUUUCAAAAAGCAAUCCAAACUGCUAUUCGAAGAUGUUCUCGAACAAGACGACCAGCCCCGCUCAACUCUUUAGAGCAAAGAAGAGAAGUAGCUCUUCAACAACUGGGGCAACUGAUCGAGGAAAAGGACACUUAUAAAUGCCAGAUUUGGUUUGAAACGAACGAAAAAGGUGUUCUCAAAGACGAGAUUGAAAUCUUGACAUCGGAGAAUGACCUGCUCAAAGAAAAAGUAGAGCUCCUCGAAAAGGAAAAGUGGAGCCAGAAAGACACAAUUUUCGGUCUAAGACGCCAGCUGGCUAAAGAGGAGCGAUCCUUUGAAAUAUCAAGAUCACUAAUCCUACAGUCACGACUGAAUAGACAGGAGGAUUUAACAGCCGCUACUAAAAGAGCAGAUGCUUUAGCGCGGGAGUUAGACCUAGCUGUGACGAGGGCUAAAGAAGAUUUAGCAGCUUACAAGGAUGAAAUCGAAAAUCUCAAAAAGGAUUUUGAGACGAAAACGACAUCUAUGAACAAAGAGGUAAAAGAUGUGAAAUGUGCCCUCCAAGUCCAAGCUGAAUUCCAAGAUGCUUCAACUUGUACGACCGGCAGUACAUCCUCCAGGAGGAUCAGCUGCAAACAGGCUGCUAACAGCAAAACUAAAAAGGACAGGAGUGACAAUUCUUCAAGACUGGAUAAGCACAACCUCAACCAUCUACCAUUCCAGUGCAUAUCCAGUAUGAAAAUCAGUAGAUCAAAUUGGGAGUUACCUAUGCUGACCCAAGGACCAAAAUUUCUUGCAGCCUACUAUGCGAAGAAAAGUGGCGCACAUUGAGCAGAUUUUCUACGUGGAGUGCCCUCGCCCAAAUAAAACAAAGAAGGAGCUUUUUAUUUUAUAUUUUAAUUUCCUCUACUUCUCCCGGAGCUCUGUACUAUGUUAACGGUACUGUGACCGGUACUGUGACCGGUACUGUGACCGGUACUGUGAACGGUACUGUGAACGGUACUGUGAACGGUACGUUGAACGGUACUGUGAACGGUACUGUGAACGGUACUGUGACCAGUACUGUGGUGACCGGUACUGUGACCGGUACUGUGAACGGUACUGUGAACGGUACUGUGAACGGUACUGUGAACGGUACUGUGAACGGUACUGUGACCGGUACUGUGAACGGUACUGUGACCAGUACUGUGAACGGUACUGUGAACGGUACUGUGAACGGUACUGUGACCAGUACUGUGACCAGUACUGUGAACGGUACUGUGAACGGUACUGUGAACGGUACUGUGAACGGUACUGUGAACGGUACUGUGAACGGUACUGUGACCAGUACUGUGAACGGUACUGUGAACGGUACUGUGAACGGUACUGUGAACGGUACUGUGACCAGUACUGUGAACGGUACUGUUACCAGUACUGUGAACAGUACUGUGAACGGUACUGUGACCAGUACUGUGAACGGUACUGUGAACGGUACUGUGAACGGUACCGUUAACAAUGUGCAGGGUUUUGCGAGAAAUAGUUGUGACGAGAUUUAAAAAUUCAUUAUUGUUAUUGUUCAUGUCCUUCCAAAAAACAAAAAAAGAGAACAACACCAAACACUGACUACAAUUUUGAAUUUCGGGACCCGGU